AUGGCUGAAAAGACAGCGAAGGAGCCUUCUGUAGUCGGUAAAGCACUACUCACGGCAGCCAGAAAUGGUCAUCUCGAUGUAGUUAAGCAUCUCAUUGGUCAAGGAGCACAGGUUGAUAAUCCCACUACAAAUGGUACGACGGCUCUUCUUUUUGCAUCAGAUGCAGGUCAUCGUGACGUAGUUGAGUACCUCGUUGUGUCAAGGAGCGAAGUUGAGUACCUCGUUGGUCAAGGAGCACAGGUUGAGAGAGGUGCUAAUAAUGGUUUUACACCACUUCAUGGUGCAUCACGCAUGGUCAUCUGUCAUCUUGAUGUAGUUCAAUACCUCGUUGGUCAAGGAGCACAUGUAAAGAGGGAAAAUAAUGCUGGUGAGACACCACUUCUUGUUGCAUCAAGCAAUGGUCAUCUUGAUGUAGUUCAGUAUCUCACGAGUAAACAAGCAAAGAAAGAAGAAGCACCACCUGAAGUAAAGUGUACGUUUGGUAUGAAUUUCACGGACCGAAGCAUACAAGAACAGCUCCUAAAUCCUCGUACCAUUACGCAAUGGGAUCAACUACCAGCCACCAUCAUCAAAGAGUCAACAUCGGCCAAGUCUUUCCAUACCAAAGUUUGGAGCUACAUGCAGAUUGACCACUCAGCGCAGCUGUACACAGGCGGGCUAGAGCGUUGA